CUUGAGAGAAGGAAGAGAUUUUGUCUGGUGAAUUGAGGAUCUUUUGAUCAAAUGAGAUCAUUUUCAUUUUCAUUAUCAUCAUCAUUAUCAUUAUCCUUUAACUUUAUAAGUGAACAGCUCUUUCCCUUUUCAUCUCCAACCUCACUGCCUGUUCAAUCUUACUAUGUAAUAGUGUACUAGGCACACAUCUCAAUGUCAACAAGACAUAUUUCUCUACUCUACAUCCUAAGAUUUCUUCCUCCUCAACUCUAAACAUUACCACCGCGUCCAUCAUUUCUUUCUCUUACGGAAUCGCACCGUCAAUCUCUUUCACGCACGCAUUCACAUACACUCGUUUUCUAAGCAUACUUUGUAAAGCUUUACCUAAAUUAUUGUUUGAAUCUCAAACGUCUCAGCCGUUCUCUUGUAUCUCUGAUAUUGAGUCUACUGUCCGAAUAUAUCUUCGCGGUUAACCGAAGUCUCUUGUGACAGAAAAGCUUUCUGUUCCUGUAGAUUCAAGGAAACUCAUUGCAAUCAGAGAUAUUUCUAUGUUCCAAUAACCAAAUUGUUUUUGAUAUAAAUUGCAACCUCGACAGAAACAGAGUUAGAGAAACGACAUCUUAGACGGCCCUCAUCAAAUAUCGUUCUCGCCAUCCUGUCCUUUCCUUCAAGUUCAUCAACUCGAAACAAGAUGUCAUCGCGAAAACCAUAAGAACACGUUGUUACUCACGUAUCGGUUCUCUCAACUGCAAGUUCCUGCUAGUGUCCCGUCCUCCCUGACACAAUCUUCGAGUAUCAAUAUACUCAUAUUCACUUGAAUAUAAACGUUUCACCUUUACCCCUCAAUUGAGAGACUUCAUGUCUGAACUCGCGCAACGACCCACUUCUCUACCUCAGCAAUCUCUAUUCGCUAACAAACUUGACAUUGCGCGAGAGCGUUUUCGUCACCUUCGUCGCGAACUCUCUAAUCUUUCCAAUCCACUUCGCAAGUUUCAAAGAUAUAACAUCGAAAUUAUCCCGUCCCCAUUCUUAGAUCGUGAAGGUCCAUGGUCAGGAUCCCCACCAUUAGUGGCUCCAACUCCUCUUUACCAAAACAUGCAGACCAAUAGGAUGCCUGCCAUGAGUUUUGAUCCAAUAAUGGAUGGAUCAGCGGACACCAGAAGACCUCGUCCAGCACAACCUCAACCCUGUGUAUCUGCGAUAUUCGUACACGCUGGAGCAGGUUAUCACAGCACUACGAAUGAACACAUUCAUUUGGGAGCUUGUAAUGAUGCUGCUCGCGCAGCAAUGCGAAUCCUCAAAGCCGGUGGUUCAGCCGUUGAUGCAGUCGAAGCUGCGAUCAAGGUUCUUGAAGAUAAGGAAAUCACCAACGCCGGAUACGGCAGUAACUUAUCAAUUGAAGGUAUAGUUGAGUGUGACGCAACAGUGGUAGAUCAUUUGGGUAGAAGUGGUGCCUGUGGUGCAACUGCUCAAAUCAAGAACCCUGUCAGUUUGGCCAGAUUGAUUUUAGAAGCUUCAAGUAGACCAUUAUCUUUACGAAGAGUCCCACCCAACCUUCUUGUCGGGCAAGGAGCGACGGAUUUUGCAUGGGAGCAUGGAAUACCAGUUGUACCACAUGAUAUGAUGUGCUCUAAGAAUGCGCGCGAAAGAUAUAUUCGUUGGCGUGAUGAUUUACGUCGUGCCGAGGGACAAGGUCGUAUGACACCAUCAAGUACUAACAGCAGUCAAGCUGCUGAUGACGAGGCUGCCGCUCGGGAAUACGAAGAACGUGUAAGAGCAAAACAGCGUCGGGACCACACCAACGCGCUUAUGAAUGGUACAUGGAAUGAAGGGCAACCUGAUUCUCCUUCAACAACAUCCCCAGGUCGAGCAUGCCCUCAGGAAUCUGGUCCAUACUCUCCACGUCCUGGUACUCCUCCGAGCCGCGGAUAUUUUCAGAUGAAUGCGCCAGGCCGAGGAGCUUCUCGCUCUCCAGUCGGAACAACUCCCGCGAAACGAGCACGACUAGCAGCACUCAGUGAUGGCAGUCCGGGGCGUGUUCAAUCUCUUCUAUCUCCAAGUGUUACUACCAGUGGUGUUUCCAGCGAGCCAGGUAUAUCUGCAAGCACUGCUCAAUCCACAAUCGAUAGGCCAUCUAGUACAGAUGGUCAUCUCUCUCCAAAAGACCAGGAAAAGGUUAUUGAAAUGCAUUCUGCUUCACUGGAUCUAGCCCAAGAAGGAACAAUCGAGUGCCCACAUGAGUCUACUCCAGAACCUCUUACUCCCAAGAAGGCUGACGUGGACUUAAUUACUGAUACCGUUGGAGCUAUCGCCAUCGAUAUGUAUGGCCGUAUUGCUGCAGCAUCUUCAUCUGGUGGAAUUGGGAUGAAACAUCGUGGCCGCGUUGGACCUGCAGCUCUUGUGGGUAUUGGUACAGCCGUGGUUCCUUGCGAUGAGAGAGAUGAAGAUCAAGUAUCAGUUGCCGCAGUUACCAGUGGCACAGGAGAGCAUAUGGCGACUACCAUGGCUUCGCAAAAAUGUGCAGACAGACUCUACCACAACACCAGACGAGCUCGUGGUGGCCAGGAUAUGGAAGCUAAUGAAGACGAAGCCAUGGAGUCAUUUGUCCAAGCAGAUUUUAUGGGUCAUCCUGGUGUCAGUGGAAGUAACUCAGCAGGCGCAAUCGGUGUUAUGGCGGUCAAAAAGACACAAUAUGGAUAUUUCCUUCACUUCGCUCAUAACACCGACUCAUUUGCCUUGGCAUCUUAUGCUUCAAACGAAAAAGAUGCCAAGUGUGUUAUGUCUCGUCUUGGAGAUCAUGGAAAUGUUGUUAGAGGAGGUCGAAAGGUUAAGAUCGACAAAGAAUGACUUCCAGCGGCACGCCUCGCACGAAUUACCAACCUUCUACUCUAAAGUGUCGAGCUUGGUACAUGCGUGUGGCUACUUGGUUCAUCGAUCCCUUAUCAUUUUUACUGGCGUUGUUUUGGAGAGAAUGCAUUAUUGCUUACGGAGAAAGGGACCUUAUGAUUUUUAUGAUUAUGACCAACAAAAUAGGUAGCGUUGAAGAAUGGAAUCGAAGGAACAGGAUGGGGAGGAACCAUUGCUAAAAUGAACGAAACAUCAUAUUACCGUUAACCUAGAAACACUUUCCGCUUGGAAAUCAGAUGGGUUGUGAUAGGAGGGAAUGGGAAAGAUGGAUAGAGAUGAUAGUAUUGCUUAUGCUUUAUUGCUACGCCGUUAAAAGGCGAUAUUUGAUAACCUAAUAGAACCUAAAGUUACUCUUGA